AAAAACACUGCAGGACCGGUUUGGUUCGCGGUGCUUUCCUGUUAGCUCCGCUCAGAUCAGAAACCUCCGGGAUGUUCUCCCUGCUGCGGAAAAGGUCCUACGAGAAGCUGCCUGUGCGGAUAGUGGAGGAUCACCAUCAUGUGGUUUAUCACAUCUACAGAGCCGUCGCAUCAAGACAUCUGCCUCUCAGUAACAUCAAGAUGCUCCAUCUGGACUCCCACCCUGACCUGCUCAUCCCCGUCAACAUGCCUGCUGACACGGUGUUCGAUAAGGAGAAGCUCCUCAGCGAGCUGAGUAUAGAGAACUGGAUCCUGCCCAUGGUGUAUGCGGGUCAUUUAGGCCACGUGGCGUGGCUUCACCCUUACUGGGCUCAGCAGAUCAAAGAAGGAGAGCACAUGUUCAACGUCGGCCGAGACUCGUCCACCAACACCAUCAGGGUGACCAGUUCUGACAACUACUUCCUUAGUGACGGUCUGUAUGUUUGUGAUGAGCAGCUGCAGGACUCAAAGCUUCUCAGACUAAACGUAGUCGGAGUUCAUCCUGUCCAACCAGCUCCAGAGCUUGACACAAAGAACGAGUCGCUGAGCAAAAAGCUUCGGACGGAUCUGAGUGAGGAUGGGCAACUCUCCUCAGCAGCAACUUCCACAUUGUUGCCAGAAGAGGGCAGCAGCUGCCAGGAAGGGCUGAGCAGCAAUGGAACCCACCGUGUAGAUGAAGGACAAACCAGUUCUGUUGUUGGGAGAUUAACUACCUUUCUUGGUGAAGCCAAUCUAUACAUCCUGGACAUUGAUCUAGAUUUCUUCUCCUGUAAAAACCCAUUUAAAGAAAUGUACACUCAGGAGGAGUUUUCCCUUCUGAAGGAGCUGUACGCCUUCAGAGAACCCAGCGUUGGUGCUGAUGAGGCGGAGCUGGAGGACUGUGUUGACCGUCGUAUUCGUCAGUUAGAAGACCUGGAGGCAGCGUUUGCUGAUCUGCUGGAAGACGAUGGAGAAGAGAUGGUUGCUCGAUGGGCAGCGAAGCCGGGGAUGUCCUCCUUAACUCAGCUGGUCUCCUGUUUGAAGGCAAGAAAUUCUUCACCUGACUAUGAGAUGGUUCACCAGGCAGGACUCACCUGUGACUCGAUGGAGCUGCCGCAUCAUAUCAGCACAGAGGAGGAGAUCGAUGGACUGAUCUCUGCCGUGCAGCUGGUCCUCAGGCGUCUGCCGUCACCCACACUGGUCACCAUGUCCAGGUCCAGUCUGGAUGAAUACUGCCCAGCUGAGCAGGUGGACUCGGUCCAGGAACGGGUUCUGGCUGUUCUGGAGGGUCUGUAUGGUGACCUGGAUGUGCAGAAAGACUAUGAAAGCAGCGAAGACGCUGAGGACUGCCAGCCAAGGACAUCUGAAAGCAGCAAAGACGCUGAGGACUGCCAGCCAAGGACAUCUGAAAGCAGCUCACAGAACGACGCAUCUUUUAGAGAUGGCAGUGGUUUAGCAGCUCCAACAUAACUGGGUCAGAACCUGGUACCAUGAACUAUUGGUGUUCACUUCAGCCUUUCUUUGGUCAAACUAGCCAACUGAUAAAGGAAGUUUGUUUUAACAGA